CUAAAACAAAAACUUCACCUCGGGUGGGAAUUGGCAGCCAAUAAUCUGAAAAAGGCCCGAGCAAAACAGGCUGCCUGUUAUAACAAGAGAGCGAAGGAACGUUCCUUGAACGUGGGAGACAAAGUUUUGCUUUUGCUACCCCAGGGAAGAAACAAGUUGGAAAUUGGUUGGAUGGGACCAUACUCGGUAGUGGAGAAGGUUUCCCGAACCAAUUAUAAGAUAUCUAUUAGAGGAAAGACUCGGGUGUAUCAUAUAAAUCUUCUCAGGAAGUAUACUGAGGGGAACACCGAGUGCCCCGCAACCUUGUUAGCUAUGUCAGUGGCUACAGAAAUAGAGGGAGGUGAGAACAUGGGAGCAGAAUACCCCUUAAAACCACAAGAAUCCAUUGACGAUGUUGUGGUAAAUCCCUCCUUAACCCCUGAGCAAAAACAAGCUAUUAAUCGGGUUCUACUCAAACACAGUAAUGUUUUGACGGAUAAACCGGGUUUGACUAAUUUGAUUGAGUACGAUAUGAAACUCAAAAGUUCAGAACCUAUACGUCAAAAGCCCUACACUAUUCUGUUUGCAAAGGAAACGGCUUUGAGGGAAGAGAUACAAACCUUACUCAAAGAAGGUAUUAUAUCUCCAUCGGAAUCCCCGUAUAGUGCAGGAGUUGUCUUGUUACGAAAGCCAAGUGGAGAACAUCGCUUGUGUAUUGACUACAGGCAACUUAACAGGAUUACUGAGUUUCAACCCGAACCCUUACCAGAUCAGAAACAACUGUUCGCAAAAUUAAGCGGAGCAAAGUUUUUUUCAAAGAUGGACCUUAGUAAAGGGUACUAUCAAAUACCAGUAAGGCCUGACAUACGUCCAUAUUUGGGUUUUAGCACGUCUGAAGGACAUUACGAGUUCAACGUCGUUCCAUUUGGGCUUUGUAAUGCUCCUACAGUGUUCACUAGGAUGAUGAGGAGGCUGCUUGAUCCUCUUAAGGAUUCCUCCAUUUGUCAUUUCAUGGAUGAUAUCUUGAUCGCCUCAAAAACUUUUAAUCAGCAUGUAGAAACCCUUGACAAAAUUCUCACACGUUUAAAUGACGUCGGUUUAACUGCAAGACCCUCAAAGUGUCAUCUUGCCUUUCCGACCCUAGAUUUUUUGGGACACACCAUUGGGAACGGAUAUAUGUAUCCGGAGAAAAAGAAUGUGGAAAAACUUCUUAAGGCACCUAGACCCACUACCAAGAAAGAAGUUAGAUCUUUUGUAUCACUAUGUGGAUACUAUCAAAAAUUUAUCAAAGAUUUUAAUAGCAUUGCUGGUCCUUUAACUAAUGCUACUAGAAAAGGAGCUCCAGAGAAAAUUAUAUGGACACCAGAAUGCGAAACAGCAUACUGUUUGUUGAAAGAUCGGCUUACGAAUAAACCUAUUUUACAGUUACCUGACAUCAGUAAAAAGUUCACAUUAAGAACUGACGCGAGUGGAAUAGGGUUAGGAGCUACGUUACUUCAGGAAAAUAACCAACACCCUGGCAAACUCUCUCCUGUUGCAUAUGCCAGCAGAAAACUAAAUAUGGCAGAACAAGCCUAUUCGACCAUAGAAAAAGAAUGUUUAGGUAGUUUGGGGAAUACAGAAGUUUCAACCAUAUCUUUAUGGAACUCAGUUUGUAAUACAAAGUGA